UGACCGCAACCCGAAUGGUCGGGCACUUAAAGCGAUCCUCACACGUUAGCUCUACACAAUACACCGGCCGAACGGAGAUGAACUAUCAAAUGAUAAUAGACGUACAACCGAGGGGCCGCAGUUAGCGUCGAUCUGCGUAGGAGAAUAAUACUGAUAUGUCGAUAAGCUAGCCAAUUUUAGCGUAUAAACGGCAUGUGUUUUGUCACAGUUGAGUGUACACGGAAGUUUCUGUUUGUUUGUGAAUCCAAUUGGUGACGGAAUUUGAUACGAAGUUCUAAUUGGUGUGUAAAGGGUGGCAGGUGAAUCUCAACUAACAUGACCUAGUGCCCCAUGACUGUGGCGCACCCCUCACGCCAUUCUCGUUCGCCGACCUGACACGCACACUCACAUCCUCAAAAUGAUGUCUCGCUGGUUGAUAUUCUGUUGCGUGGUGCUGCUAGCGCGACCGGCGCACCAGCAGGGCGCGCAGCAGUGCCCCGCGCCCAACACGAUCACACCCUGCACCUGUACUGUGAAGAAAAACGGUCUCGAUAUCCUGUGUGAAUUUACAGAGCAGCAACACAUACAGAAGGCGAUGAAUACACUUCGUUCGAAGCCGAUGAUAAUUUUCUACCUGAAACUCCGUCAUAACAAUUUGGCCAAGCUUCCUUCAUACAUAUUCCUUGGCUUGGAUAUUCGGCACUUGACGGUACAUAAUAGUAGCCUAGCCGUUAUCGAGGAUUCAUCUUUGAGCUCUAUUGGCAACAAGUUAACGCAACUCGAUGUGUCUCAGAACAAACUUGCGACCAUACCGACCUCGUCCUUCACGCAUCUUAACCAUCUGCUUAUUCUCAACAUGAAUCAUAAUAAGGUAACGGCGGUACAUAACAAGGCAUUUUUGGGUCUUGACACUUUGGAAAUUUUAACCCUGUAUGAAAACAAAAUAUCAGUGGUUGACGGUGAAGCUUUUAAAGGCUUAGAAAAGAAGCUAAAGCGUCUGAACUUGGGCGGCAACGAACUCACUGCGGUGCCGCAGAAGGCUCUGGCAUUACUCGAGAAUUUGAAGAAACUCGAAAUGCAAGAAAAUCGCAUUACUUCCAUUUCGGAAGGAGAUUUCGCGGGUUUGAGGAGUCUUGAUUCGCUUGGACUAGCUCAUAAUCAAUUAAGAGAAGUACCAGCUCAGGUGUUUUCUCACCUUAACUUCCUCAAUUCAUUGGAACUCGAAGGCAAUCUAAUACAGCGUAUUGAUGAAAAAGCUUUCGUUGGUCUUGAGGAGAACUUACAAUACUUACGCUUGGGCGACAACCGUCUACACGAAAUACCAUCCGAAGCGCUACGACCGCUGCAUCGGCUACGACACCUCGAUCUACGGUCCAACAACAUCACCUACAUUAGCGAGGAUGCGUUCACUGGCUACGGAGAUUCCAUUACGUUUUUGAAUUUGCAAAAGAAUAUGAUUCACCAAUUGCCGACCAUGGGCUUCGAUAAUUUGAAUUCUUUGGAGACGUUGAAUUUGCAAAACAACAAGCUACAACAUAUUCCCGAAGAGAUAAUGGAACCCAUACUGGAUACUCUCCGUGUUGUAGACAUCAUGGACAAUCCGCUAAUCUGCGACUGCGACCUGGCGUGGUACGAAGCGUGGCUGGCGAGCCUGCGCGACCGCGACGACGAGAUGAUGCAGAAGAAGCGCACCCGCACCGUGUGCACGAUGGUCAACGAGCACCGCGAGUACAGCGUCGCCAAAAUGCCCCUCGAGAAAAUGAACUGCAAACGAAAACCGGGAUACGGAGGACCCUCGAGCGCUCCGAGCACUUGUCCCAUCAUCGCUAUCAACUUCAUCGUUCUCGCCGCCAGAGGGCUCCAGUAAGUUUACAUUCAUUUAACCCGUAUGUUUACUUAGGUCCUGUGAAGAACCAACUCGAGCUAGCUGUGGCCGGGUAGCUCGACGCGGGCUCUUCGUAAUCUCAUCGUUUCGGACGUGAUGAAUUUGUGCAAUAAACAUAUACAUAUCAAUUUUGGGCUGAAACGUAGUAUUUUGGGAUGGCAAUUUGUGAUAAGAAGUUUUUGCGAGUGUGAUACACAUAUUUUUAAACUAGGUACCUUCGUAUGGAAUGCCUUACUUUAGAGUAUUGUGAAGGCAAACAGUGUCGGCUCUAUUUGAGGUGUAGAUUUUCUAAGCGGGAUUUUAAAUGAAAUCGAGAAUUGUGAUGCCAUGAGCUAUAUCGCGUUUCGUUUUAUCUUUAUCGAUACCCAAAUAUAAAUCUUCUAAUAUUUUUUAUCGUUUACCCCUAACUUUAAUAUUGUACACGUAUUUUAAGCUUUUGUGCAUUUACCAUGUUGACUACUAUGGUAUUAUCGUAUAAUUCUCUAAAUCUAUUAAGAUUCUGGGUGCGAAGGUUGUAGCUUGAAUUUGACAUGAGGAUUAGAGGGAAUGACAGAAGCAAAUGUGUUUGUCCGGGAAUUUAUAUAUUUCCUGUAGUUUAAUGAAAAAUGUCGUUCCCUGAGAGUUUCUGGCUACGACCAUUCAGAACGUACUGGUUAUUAUUAAUCUUUAAGUAUGAAAACAUCUCCUUUGAAUUACUACCUCUUGUUUAGUAAAUUUAGUUUAGUUUUAUCGCUGGAAAGAUUAUUAUUGUUACUGAGCCCCUAAAUGUUCGAUUUGAUGUAGUUUAGUUAUAUAUUAUGCAGAUAAGUGUUAGAUAAAUUUUCUAUAUAAAUUAUAAUUGCUGUUGAUAAUUUUAAAUUGAGUAGCGUUAGUAUACUAGUUUCAUUUGUGCUCGACAUGUAAAAGUACCAUUAAUUUCACAUUAACCAAGAUAUUCACUAGUCUAUAUAAAAGUAUUGUUGAGAAGUGCAAUUGUUAUAAUGAAUAUUACAAAUCGCAGUAAAUCGAUGAGUGUGGAUAGUUAAUAUUUAAUCGAGUACAGUACUUGCAUGUUUAGUUUUACGUUGAGUUAAUCUUUGUUCAUUUUUAUUAUGUUUACGCUUUUAAUACCUCCAAAGCUUGAAAAUGAAUGCAUUCUGCUUGAGGUUUUAGGCUACUGAAUUUAUUAGUUUUGUAGGAUAACUCGUAUUGCUAUGUUUAUUUUAAGCCGUAGGUUUAUUGAUAUUUCAUAGAAAAUUAAUAAAUGUGACUGCAAACAAAGCGCAUGGUGCAACUUUCGUUAAAAUAUCAUCUAUAUUGCCUUAUUUUGCAUGACCUCUUUAUAAUUUUGUUCAAAACAUUUUUUUAUUGAUAGUUUCGACUAUAUUAUUGGCUAGUGUGAUUAAAUUUAUUAUAUUGACACAUUUCACUAGAAUGAAAAUAAUUUGUAUACACUGUUGAAAAAUUUAAUUGAAAAAUGUGAGCACCCUGUAUAAGUGGAAAUCCAAGUGAUAAAAACGUAACCUAAAACAUAUCCCCUAGUCUGAAAUUUAAUGUUAAUAUUAUAUAAAUUAUUGUAUUAUUAUAUAUACAAAUAUUUCAAUUGGAUUGAUAAGCUUAGUGUGAAUUGAAAAUUUUGGUAAAAUAUACCUAUUUCUAUUGGUUACACGCGAAUGCGAAACCAUUUUAAAAUAUCUCGCAAAUUUCAAACUUCAAUGUUUCAUACAAGCGUUGUUGUAUCAAAAUGUGCGACGCCUGUUAGACGCGAGAUUGAAUACCCCUUUUGUAUUCUUUUGACAGGCGUUUACACAUUUUACCUUACAAAUUUAUUAUACCCACUAGAAUAAUAUAUUGAAAAUAUAUUUCAUAUUGAUGUUUAUAGUAGUAAUGCACCAUUGGAGAUCAUUAGGCACGUAGAAAUAAGAGGACACGCGUAGUGUUGGUCAGAGUCAAAGAAACCUGAUAAUUAAGAAUUACGACGCCGUCUCGGUACGGUAGUUUUCUCUAUAAGUGUUUAAUGUAUUAUUCUAUAUUGAAUUUUCGAUAUCUAGAUGUCGUGUUUCAUGUCUGCUAUUAUUGUGGGGAAGUUUCGGUCGUACUAAAUGAUGGAAUGCUUGUCGAAUUGAUCUUAAUCUCGAUCAGUAGGUAACCUAACCGUAGUCAAGCUCAAGUUGUAUUACAGUUGCAAAAUGUAACUAAAAAUACAUACAUUAUCAAUUUUAAUGUAGGGAAAACAUAAAUUCUAAGAUAUGUCUGAAACAAAACGGUUCCAUCAUUUCGGUACGGUGACAAAUUGUCUCUUAUUCCAUACUGGCGCUUUAUUUGUUAAUCUGACGUAAGUUAAAAUAUACUUCUAUAUUGUAAUUCGAUUUCAUAUAGAAUAAUUCGAUGUUUCUAUACUAAUAUAAGUAUACACUUAACUUCAUGUAGUAAAAUUUUGUUGAUAUAAUUACCUACAAUGACUAUUUUAAUUUAUUGAAAUUGUGUUAUUUACAAUUUUAUGUAUGUAGAAACUUCUACUUGUUUUCUUAUAAAAUUUAUCAAAUCUGCAGUUAGUAUAUGAAGUAAACAUAUUUGAGUAUUUCGGUAAUCGUUUGAAGAAAAGUCGUAUAUAUUAUAAAAAGCCAUAAGUAUGUUAAUAUCAUGGACCUUACAUUGCAUAUCAAUUAAUGAUAAGAUAACAUAGUUAUAUACUCUUUAUUGUUAUAUAUUUAUCGUAUAUUCACUGUUAAUCAUUGUUGUGGAAGCUUAUAAAUCGAUGUUUAUCUGUGUGUUACAUGUAUGAUGUAUUCAAUCUAUUUGUGUGUCUGUGUAAUCACGUGUUUUGUCAGCAAUAAUUAGUAAAGUUAACAAUAAAUUUAACUUGGGAAUAAAAAUUUAAAUAAAUUUGGCAAUCAUUUAUUGUGAUGAGUUCACGGUUAAUAGUCACAUUUAUUAAUGAUACUACGUAAAAAUCUAAGUCUAAUAUUGAAAUCUCGCUGUA